AGGAAGAGAAACGUCGCGGUAACGAGGGAGAGAGACAGAGAGGGAGAAGGCCAGAAGGGUUUGAAUAUUAGGGAAUCGAUGAAGCUUCUCUCCAAGCUUAUUUGUUGAGGUUUUCAGGAUGAGGUGGCAGCGGUUGGUCGUCUUCGUCGACGCCGUUUAUUAUGGCGGAAAAUGGUAAUUUUCUUGAUUAGCUGACUAAUUAAUUACAUGAUUAGCGAAUGGAUGAAUGUAUGUCGCCGCC